AUGCAUUUACACUACGUCCUCUCGAUCCUCGGUUUGACUGCUGUUGCCUUGGCGCAGACAGAGUCUACCCCUUAUGAUGCCCCCUGCGGAAGCUACAAGACGUGCCUUGCCAACUGCCCCAACGAAGACUUCUUUCCCCUGGCGGAUGAGUGCGAUACGGACGAUGAUGGAAAGCCGUUCUGCUAUGUCAACUUCUGUAUGCGUUUCGCGACAGGAACAACCUUAGGGCUAUUGGCUUCUGUGCAGGCCAGUUCUGCUCUCGCGGCCCAGAAUAAUCAUAAACGUUUUGCCUCUCCUCCUUCCCCUGAACCGAUUGUCGUUACGGAACUUCCCCUGCCACCUGUUACCCCGAAUGAGAAAAACGGCUCCUGUACGCUCGCCAUCAAUCCCCGUCGGACAGGAUGCAUGUUACAGUCUUCCCAGGUCCUGGGUGGUAAUUUCCUGCCCGACAAUGAUCAUGUCACCGUCAGUGUGACCUUUGCGGGGGCUCCUACCAGCAUCUAUAACGGCACUCAACUGGUCAUUGUCAAGACGGACAACACGACUUUCCCCAAUGGCGAUCCGUGGAAGUGCAUUACCUGCGGUGUUCCUGAAAAGAACAAGGUCGGCAGCACCGAGCUGAGCCCGUAUCCUCAGGCUUUCUAUGAUGGCAAGCGGGUGCUGGUCGGGACUAACAUUGUGGACUGUGGCUCUGCCAAACUGGCUAGCAAAGACUGUACCCCGGAUAAGGUUCAUAUCUAUCCGGUUCGUUUCAGUGGCGGCGAAAUGCGAGAAUUGCGGAUUCAUCCCGACAAUGUGCACCUUGGGUUCAACUCUUUCGCGAUUAGCAGUGGAAAUCUGGGCCAGUUCGCCUACUUUGGUCGUCUGCAGUUCAACGAUUCCUCCGUCGAACCGGGGUACGAUGUCGUCAAGACCACAAGACUGUUUGACCCUAGCUCUGCGCAGCCGAUCGACGCAAACGGUAACCAAUUGAUCUUCAACGAGUCGGCCAUUGCAGUGGGUGAGCUUCGUGGCUUCACCGGCCGUGGCAAGGAAGUCGUUUACGUCGGAAGCCCCGUGGAAUCUUGCAACAUCGACGUGUUCGCCGCCGAUCUGACCACCGGUAAGGUCCGUCGUCUGACCAGCCAUCCGGAAUACGUCGACCCUAUCGAUAUCUCGCCCGACGAUCGCUCCCAGGUCAUCUUGGAUACUCGCGGCACGGGUCGCCAGAUGUUCAUGACCGGCAUGCGUGGCAUUCCACCGAUUAUUGACAUGAUCGUUACCACAGCGGUCUCGUCGACUCGCAACAACGGAGCCAGACGAUUCUUCCUCCCUUGGCUACUCGACCAUGAUGGAGAUCGUGGCGAUUACUUCGGCCAGCAGAUCAAUGCCGGCGGAGACGGAAGUCCAGGAAGCAUCAACGAUCCGAACUGGAAUGCCGCCGCCGACCCGAAAUGGUCGUUUGACGGGACUCGAAUUGCGUAUGCCGAGAAUCUCGUCGUGUCUCCGGCCUGCGGUGGAAAGAACCCUCUUCCUUGUCCCAAGUCAACUGCGCCCGGCGGUCGCGUUACCCGGCUGAUGUUGGCACAUCUGACGAGCCGACAGCCGCUGCAGCUUGAUCCUGUCGAGCCUGUCGCUGACGAAGUUCCCUGGGGUGUGCCGAUCACAGAGAGCAGCAAGCUCCCCGUGCGUCCGUAUCCGGCUCAAGGCAAUUACACGCUGAAGGGCAAGGACUCGGGAACUGCUUCGACGUCGGUCGUGUACGAGGGGGAUCUAGUGAAGACCGUGGCGGUCACUUAUCGAAACUAUUCCGAUGAUGGGAAGAUCGUCAUUGACGGGUCCGAGAAGGUCACUAGAACUCUUGAGCAGGUCACGACCAACAAGAUUGACUGGUUUUCCAACCUCACGUCUACUGGAGAGCAGAAAGCGACCAAGAAGACCAGCCCUGGAGGAUUCCAUUUGGAGGUUGACUCGCUCGCCAAUAUCUUCAAGGCGAAUGGCACGUUGACGACGACGGUGGAUGGAAAGGAGUGGAAGCAGCCUGCCAACGGGACUUGA